AUGAUAUGUAAUAGUUUCAUAUAAUCUCUUUAUCAUUUCAAAUAUUAGAAGGUUUAGAUGCUGUGAGGAAAAGACCUGGAAUGUACAUUGGAAGUACGGGGUUUCGUGGUCUACAUCAUCUGGUUUAUGAAAUACUGGAUAACGCUGUUGAUGAAGCCCAAGCUGGUUUUGCUUCAAAAGUCGACAUUGUCUUACUCGCAGACGGGUCAGUGUGCAUCACUGACAAUGGACGUGGGAUCCCGAUCGACUUGCAUCCAGGCUCAAAAAAGUCCGGAGUGGAGACCGUAUUGCAGAACCCUAUCUUCUAUCAACUUGGACUUACUUUCUUUUAUUCAUCUUGUGUGCAGAAAUUAGAAGUUACCGUUUGGCGAGAUUGCAAGGAAUGCUAACAAAGUUAUACUCGUGGAAAGCCCUUUAAACCUUUAGCAUGCAAGGAUCUUCCACAUAAAUUACAAGAUCGUACAGGGACCUUUAUAAAGUUUUGGCCCGAUUCCCUAAGUACUUUUCUUAUUUAUUACUUUAAUUUUUUAAUCGAGUAAAAUGCCAUUUUCAUCCUUGUGGUUUGGCAUUAUGUUUUAAUGCUUGUAUUACGUAUUUGCGUGUAAAGAUAAUAG